AUGGGGGUUUCAAUUCUAUUGACUAUAAUAUGCCAGCUUGUUAUUACUUUUGGGCCAGUACUAAUAUUGUCAGUGGAUGAUAAUAACAGCUGUGGCAAAAGUUUUCAAUUCAAGCCAAACAGAGUUAUUUUAACACAGAAAUCAAUUUCCGCUGGCGCUAAAUUUAUCAAAAAAUUAAGAGUUUCCUCAUUUAAAGAAUGCUAUUUCGUAUGUUGUAAUACAAAUGAGUGCAGUACAGCGAUUUUCGAUUCAAAGGUUACACAAUCCUGCUUUUUGUUCGAUUGCCGACCGCCUGCCCAAUGCUUUUAUUCUAGUCAUUCCAAUUAUGAUAUCAUCUACCUCGAAGAAACAAGUGUUAAUCAGAGUUUAAAGAAGAAGGUUGGUUUAAAUCAGCCCUGUGACUCAGAUAAUCUGUGUGAAGAUGCUAAAACCGUAUGCUCAGUUGGUGUAUGUGUUUGUCAGUCGGGUUGGAUUGCAAAGAAAGGCAGUUGUGUUCAGUCUGUUUGUAAAUCUCCGGAACUUCAAUUCCAAUGUGAUGAUUCCUCUGCUUGUGUAGCUAUUUAUGACAAAUGUAAUGGGAUAGUGGAAUGUCCAGAUGGAUCAGAUGAAUUGUCAUGUCCUUCAAGGCUGGAUAAAAGAAAUGAAACAAAAGCAUCUUCAUCGUUCUCAUCAACAUCAUCUGUGUCACCCGUAAUGUCUCAUAAUCAUAAACUAAGUGAAUUAGACGAGAUUACACUAUCUAAAUCUCAACCAAAUGAAAGUUAUCAACUACCAUUUGAAAGAUUUCAUUCGUUAAGUCAAAAAUUACCAAGUACAACAUCAUCACGUCGUAGUACAACAGUGACAGCACCAUCAAAAACAACAACAACAACAUCACCUGUUUACCUUGAUUUAAAUGAUUUAUCUGAUCCAUCAGAAUCAAUUCUAUUUCCUAAUCAACCAAAUUCACAUAAUACUAAUACUAAUAACAACAAUAAUAAUAAUGAUAAUCAUCAGCCUCAACAUCGUCAUCGAGAACAACAGUUGUCAAGAUCGAAUCCGAUUAAAUUUAAUCAAAAACCAUUAUUUGAUGUUGAUCAAAGAGUCUCUUCAUCGUCACCAUCAUUUCUGUAUGAUGUGCAUAAUAAAAAUAAUGAUAAUAGUAAUAAUAACAACGAAAACAAUCCAGAAAUAUACUUUUCAACAAAUGAUAAUCCAUGGCAUUAUCCUAAAGCACUAUUUCAUGACAUCCCUUUAACACACAGAGAUGACUAUUCAUCACCAUCACAAUACUCACCUAGACGACAUUUACCAUCACCACCAUCGCCUAGUCAGCCCGAGAGUCGUAUAUUUACUACUUCACGUAUGAAAUUAUACGAUGAUGCGGUAUAUAAGCCUAGAUCAUAUGAUCCAUCCUCCUCCUCUGCAGCAGCGGCAGCAGCAUCACAGUUCGAUUAUCUUCAGUCGCAUCGAAAUGAUCUUGCCUUUAUGCCAUAUCAUCAUCAACAUCAUCAUACUUCAAAUAAAUUUUUGCAUAAAACAAAUCAUGAUGAGCCAUCAUUUUAUCAUCAUUAUAAUCGUUUAAGUCAUAAUCAACAACAACAGCAACAACAACCAGAAAUGAUGAUCGAUCCAAGUAUAUUUGAAAAUAUGGAAUUUUAUAGUAAUAAACUUAGUGAUACACCUGAUUCAUUAAGAAAGUAUUCAUUAUUUCAUGAACCGAAACGUAUUAUUCAUAGAAGUGAAUUUGAAGAUGCUGGUCGUAGAUCUAACAUGCAGAAAACUGUUACACGUCCUAACAGCAAUAAUUCAAGAUUGAAUCAAGUAUACUCCAUGAAUCUAUCAAGUGAAUCACUUUCAAAUCAUUAUAAUAAUCAUGCGUUAAAUCUACCUGCGUCAGAUUCAUCUAAUGGACAGUUUGCAUCGAUUACAGACGAUACAGACAUGAUGUCUAGAGUCAAUUCAGAGAAUGAUAUCAAACCACAACAAUAUCAACAGUUGUCUUUACCAUCGAUGACACUGAUGGCGACGGCGCCAACAACAACAGAAACGUCUGCUACUCCUACCUCCACUACCUCUGCAACAACUCGUAAACGUACUCCAUCAUCAUCGUCGACGGCGUUUAGUAAUCAAGAAAAUAAUAAAAGCAGUAAAUUAUUGAAAAUUGACUCAUUAUCACAAAUGACAGUAUCUUCACCAAAUAAGAAUAAUCAUAGUAACAAGACGAAACAGACUACUAACAGUGGUAGUAGCAGUAGUACACAAGCACCCAUAGAUGAUUUAAAUGAAGAUGAACGUCAAAGUUUAUUUGAUAUAGCCAAGGCUGCAACAGCUGUAAUGCUUUUAGCCUCAUCAAAUUCUAGUCCAUAUCGACAGAAUAGAACAAGGCGAGCAAAAAUGCCUAUAUCACCUAUUCGUAAAAACAAUAAUAAUAAUAAUAAUAAUAAUAAUAGUAAUGUUAAAUCAAAAGUAACAAGUCCAAAUAGUAAACUUCAUAGAAGUAUUACUCCAUCACAGAAGAAAGCGUUAAUAUCUGCGUGUAAAAGUCAUGAGAAUCUAUCUAGUGAUAAAAUGAAAUCACUUGCACAAGAUUUAUGUCUUCCUUAUAAAACGGUUUUCAAUUGGAUUCAAGAAUAUCAGUCAUCUUGCCUUCGGGAUAAUUGUCUGCAAACACCUAUUAAAAUUGAAUCAGAUAUCAAUCAUGAAAGUGAUGAGAAUGAAAGCUCUAAUGAAAUAACCAAUCAUAAAUCAUUAACAAAUUCUUCUCUUUAUCAUCAAGGACAACGUAAUGAAACAAUCGUCCAAUCGUUGACAUCAUCAUCAUCAACAACAACACCGACAUCAACAUCAACUACAUCAAUCGCCUUAUCUGAAAAUAAUUGUUCACAGAGACAAAUUCAACACAAUCGUCGUAAACCAAUUAAUCCAACUAGGCUUGCAUGUGCAAUAGUUGUCAAUUCACCGAAUAAAUCAUUACACGAUAAUCACCAUCCUCAUCCUCACCAUCAUCAUCAUCGUCCUUGUUUGUCAAAUACAAAUGAUCAUGAAAAUUCAAUAGUUCCCGUUACUUGA